AUGGAAGCUUUCAUUGAACCAAUCGGUGACGUUGUCUGGGUACUUGAAUUUGAAGUGGGAAUUGGAAUGGAUGUUGUGGAGGUUCAAUUGUUCUUUGCCAGGUUCUGUUUUAAUGCCAUUGAGGGUACCUUGUAUAGUCAUGAGGAUGAAUCCGGCGUUGAAACAGGGUGGGAGGAGAGAAGUGAGGGUAUAUUCUUUAGCAGCUGUAGCAUUAUUAACGGUCUCUCUAACUUUUUAAAGUACAUUUUUGAUGUACGUGGAGUACCAUUUCUCGGACGCAUGACCAUUUGCUAA